GUCGGCUGUUGUUGUUGUCGGCUGUUGUUGGCACCGCCGCCGCAGACGUGCGAGUCAGCGUUUGCGACGCGCGACCGCCUUCGCGCCCACAUGGUGCGCCACGAGGAGAAGGUGCAGUGUCACGUGUGCUCCAAGCUGCUGAGCCCAUCGUACAUAGCGGACCACAUGCACAUGCACAAGCAGGGAGGCCCCCUCGACGGCCUCUGCAGCAUCUGCAGCAAAGAGUCGUGCAAGCACAUGGGCUGGAGCAGCCCCGAGAAGAAACACCCUUGCCCGCAGUGCGGAACCCUCUUCAAGACCAAGUCGCACCUCAACCGUCACGUGCAGCACGUCCACCUGGGCAAGUCCAAAUCCUCCUCCUCCUCCUCCUCGUCGGUCGUCGUCGGAGGAGGAGGAGGAGGAGGAGGGGGGGGCGUGCCGGGGGGCUCGGCGGGGGGGGUCAAGUCCGGGGGC